AUGUCCAACAUUUCGAUAAGUGGAUCAGUCGAGAGACCAGAGGUGCCGGUGAUCGCCCCAAAAGUUGAAACUGACGACGAAUCAGUACUAGCCGACUCCCCAUAUGCUCCAAGACUAAAAAGAGCAUUCUCUUCGGCGGAUAGCGCGCGCAACUCGAAAAGGACCAAAGAUGAGGAAAAUUCACCCUCCUCUUCCGGUCACGCCGCUGGCCAUCGCCCAGUGACCUCAUGUACUCACUGUCGCCAGCAUAAGAUCAAAUGUAACGCUUCCGAACGGUUUCCCGUUCCUUGUUCUCGCUGUGAGCGCAUGGACUUGAAAUGCGAGAUAGACCCCCAGUUCAGGCCCAAAAAAGGCUCUCAGCUUCAGUCUCUUCGUAAUGAUGUCGACGAGCUACGCAAAAAAAUUGAGUUUUUGACCAAGAAUGAAUCGCUGAUUUCGAAUGUGCUCCAGUCCUCUAAUCCAGAUCUUUUACAACAAUUGAAGGAGAAGAAACCAGUACAGUCUUUGCAGACCUCGCAAGCACCACUCACCGUCGAAGAAACUCAGGGUCCUCCAAGACCCGCAGUGACAGAGCUGAAUCCUCUUCCUGUUUCCCAGACGAAUUCGGUGAAGAGCAACGGCUCUGUAUCCGAAUUCAUACUGGGCGACGUGAAAAUUUCGUACGAGAAAGCCACAGAAUUACAUCAGAGAUUCAUCAUUCACUAUCUACCUUAUCUCCCCAUUAUGAUUUCGAACGACUGUGUGCAGCUGUACCAGCAAUCACAGCUUUUAUUCUGGACCGUGAUGCUCACCGCAUGCCUUUCUGAUGCUGAGCCAUCUUUAUACAUUUCGUUGGCGUCUCUCAUCAAACAGCUUGCCAUAGAGACAUGCUGGAUCAAAACUCCCAGAAGUACUCACAUUGUUCAGGCGCUUUUGAUACUGGGGACCUGGCCACUACCUAACCAGAAAGUUCUGGACGAUUGUUCCUACAGAUUUGUCGGACUGGCAAAGAGUCUGUCUCUUCAGCUGGGACUGCAUAGGGGCAAAUUCAUUAGUGAGUUCUCAAGAACCCAAGUGGCUCUUCCAGACGCGGAGAAAUGGCGCACAAGAACAUGGCUGGCUGUAUUUUUUGCUGAUCAGUUCUGGGCGUCAAACCUGGGUCUCCCUUCCUCUAUGCAGACAGAUUUCCUGCUUGAACAGGCCCGAAUUGAUCAGUCGCUCCCGAAGAAUUUCCGGUGUCUGAUUUCGUUGGCCAUUUUCCAAGCAAAGCUUGUGAAUGUGAUGGGGUCUAGUGUCACAAGUCCUGACGGGCUCAUGGAUCCGCGAAACAGAGCAGGUGCUUUGGCGAUUUUAGAAAGAGAACUUGAACGGCUAGCGUACAAACUGCAAAUCAACGAUAUAGUCGUGGAAAGCUACUAUCUUUAUGUCCAGCUGAUGGUGUGCUGCUUCGCUUUUCUUCCAGAGACGCCCAGCGAAGACCAAACGAAAUAUGUCACGCAAGCUUACCUUUCGGCAACUAGAAUCGUUACAAUUGUUUCAAAGCUGACUGAGUCUAGGCAACUCACAGAGUAUCCUAUUUAUGUGCGACAGGCGGUUUCCAUGGCUGCUUUUGUAUUAUUCAGACUUCAUUUGACACCAUAUUUAUUACCAAAGUACAUCGAUUCGGCAAGACAAUCAAUCGUCACUGUCCACCGCUUGUUCCGUAAUAUGCUCGCUGCUUGGAAGGAUGUUGAGAAUGAUAUUAGUCGAACUGCCACUGUGCUCGAGAAACUGAACUUUGUCAUCAUCACGCACCCAGAGCUUUUCACAGAAACAGAUGGUAUCAUCGCAAGAAUGCGGUCGCACCUGACAGGCUCGUUGUUCUAUGAUUUGGUUUGGUGUAUCCAUGAGGCAAGACGAAGAUUGAUUGCUGAACAAAAUUCUCCCGUCAAAGAAAGCAAACCAAAGAGCAGUCGCAAAGUGCUCCCAUUACCAUUUUACAACCAGAUCACAAAAGACGACUUUAGAGCAAUUACCACCACAACUCCAAAUGGAACGACCGUCACCACACUCGUGCCUACUCACCAAGCUAUAUCGAAUGCUCGGGCGAACGCGUCUGCUGCCGGACUAUCAGACCCUACCGAAAUCAAUGGAAUUCCUUUGGCGAUGCUUGAGGCCACUGGCUCGCUACCUGACAAAAACAAACACGCUGGUAAUGGCACGCAUUCUGAUUCAAUGGACCCUCCAAAAGUUCAGCUACAGAAUAAGAUGGCCACGAAGUCACGGAAGAAGAGCAAAAGUGGCAAUGCAGUUGGUGUCUCAACAAGGCCUAUAGCCCCAGCUCCUCCUAGAUCACAAUCUGGAGCCCCAUUGCCGAUGGAACAAUCGCUUUUUGGUCCUCCUAUAGAUGCCCCGAUGAUGUCCCAAAUCCCACAGCAGGUAGUGUCGCAGACGCCUUCGGCUACCAACUCCAGAAGCAACUCGAAUGAGCACUCGCCAAACUCUGAUGCGCUAAACAACAAUUUGUUCAUUGAUUCCAUAUUCCAACAACAAGGCGGUGCGAAUUGGAUGGACAAUACGGACGAUUUCUUGGGAUGGUUCGACAUAAAUAUGGCUCCUGAAUUCUAA